UAAAUAUGUUUAAUUUUUUAUUAAUUUGUCAAAAAUUAAUAUUUUAACUAGGAAAAGUGGAAACUUACUUGUAUGGUAUAUCAAAACUUUCGGGUAAUAAGUACGGUAUUUACGAUGGCUAUAAAGUUGGUGAAUGGCUUGGCAUUGGUUGCAGUCACGAAAUGGUUUGGGAUUCAUCAGUCCCAGAGCACAAUGAUAAAAUUGACUCGGUCAACUUCUACAAGGACAAUUUCCUAUUCUUGAAAUCAUUUGGUCCCCAAAAGUAUCAACGCUUUCCCGUAAAAGGCAUAGACGGUCAAGGAACUGAGUUGGGUGGACCAUUGAUGGACUUUGUGGAAAUAACUAAUGUCAUCGGUGGUGCCACUAACGAAACUGCUGGAGGGUACAGCUGCCAAGUAGAUUAUACCGAUUAUCAUGUCCCAGAGCAUGAUGAUAAAAUUGACUCGGUCAACUUCUACAAGGACAAUUUCCUAUUCUUGAAAUCAUUUGGUCCCCGCAAAUAUCAACGUUUUCCCGUAAAAGGCAUAGACUCGCAAGAAACUGAGGUGGGUCCAUUGAUGGACUACGUGGUCAUUACUAAUUACAUCGUUGGUGCCAAUAACGAAACCGCUGGAGGGUACAGUUGCCAGGUAGAUUACAUUGAUUAUCACGGUUAUCCUGGUAACAUCACUGCCGCUACAAAGCAACUUAAAUUAAAAUAAACUGUGCAUGGUUAAAACAAUUGAC